AUGCCAAUAAUUUUAUCAAUUAUACACCAAUUUAAUUGUUCAACAAUUAAUACUAAUAAUAAAAACAACCAUGUUGCAAAUACAACAAUAAUAACAAUAAUAAAUUUAUCUAAUAAUAAUAAUAAUAAUACUAUCUAUACUAAUACAACAACAACUGUCCCCAAUAAUAAGGGUCCGCUUAUAAUAGGCGGUACCGAAGCCCAGGCCGGAGAUAAUCCACAUCAAUGUUCAUUGCGUUGGGACGGACAGCAUAAAUGCGGUGCCAGUAUUAUCAGUGCUAACUGGUUGCUAACGGCUGCUCAUUGUAUACCUGGUGACCAUGAUAUAUUAUCUGUACGAUGCGCUACACUAUUUUAUGGGGAACCGGGAUUAGAUUUCAAGGUCAGCCAAGUAAUUGAGCAUGAUCAAUUUGACGGUUUUGACUAUGAUAUAGCAUUGGUAAAAGUUUCGGAUGAUAUACCAUUGGGUACGCCUGAUCUGGAUAAAAUAGGACUACCCGACCAGGACAUGGAUCCCGAUCCGGGAACCGUACUAACAGUUACCGGUUGGGGUUAUCGGGAUUAUAAGGUUGAAGUACUAUCAGAUAGGCUGAUGACUGUUGACGUACCCGUAGUCGACCGGCAGGUAUGUGCCGAUGAUUUACUAGAUAUUCAUGAGGUAACCGAUCGGAUGCUGUGUGCCGGUUAUGAUGAGGGCGGUCGGGAUGCCUGUCAGGGCGAUUCAGGUGGACCUAUAAAACAUGAUGGACUACUUGUUGGGGUAGUUUCAUGGGGUAAAGAUUGUGGUCUACCCCAUUACCCGGGUGUCUAUGCCCGGGUCGGGUAUUUUCGCGAUUGGAUUAGAGAUAAAUCUGGUGUUUAAACUAAAAAUAAAAUAAAAU